AUGCCGGUGAAAGCGGACGAACUUUUGAUCGCAUACAUGCAAAGAAUGACCGAUUUGCAUUCUGGCGCCACGGCAUCAACGAAGUACAAAGUUACGGAGAUCAAAGAUCUCGCAAAGGCCGCUGGCCUUGCACAUAUGAUCAGCACGAUGCGCCCAGAUUUGGGCCACCAAGAUGACGAUGGCGAGGUCUUCGUCAAAUUCGAUUCAGUCACCGGGGGCUCUAGGCUCAAGGCACUGCUCGACGUCGGUUGCAAGACAGCUGCAAGCAAGAGCAAGUCCCCAGAUGAAAUCCGAAAGAUGUUCAACAUCCAGAACAUCCAAGGCGACUUCGCCCGCAGUACGUCGAACUUGCAUGAUGUUGUGGAUGAAGCGUUCCAGUAUGUUGAAGCGCUUCAGUCUCUCAUUACUGAGUCCAUAUACGACUGA